AGUCACCUGCAGCUCAGCUGGCAGUAGUCGGAGAUUUACCUGUCUUGUCUGGAUUUACCUGCUCUUCUCUCACACGCACAUUGGACUCCCCAGAAAUGGCAGCCUGCUUGCAUUUUCUUGCUGUCGUCACCCUCAUGCUCUGCCUGUCCCUUCAGGAAGGGUUUGGACACCCCCUUUCGCGACAGUCUGAACUCCCUCCCAAGCUGACUCCCCAGCACGUGAGAGCUAAACGCUGCUCCUGCAACAACCAGAUGGACACUGAGUGUCACUACUUCUGCCACCUGGACAUCAUCUGGGUCAACACUCCCAGUAAGAUGACCCUGUACGGCCUGGGCAGCCCCCUUUCCCGCCGCCGCCGCCGAUCCGCCCAGCGCUGUGCCUGUUCCAGUCUCUCUGACCGCACCUGUUCCAGCUUCUGCCGCAGGAGCUCUGAGAACGUCUCCACCUGGGAGCCAAGUUCCAUCUCAGGCCAUUCGGGCUCCAACCUACUGGCGUCUCUCAGGAAUGCAGCCAGGACCAAUACUCAGGUAGCCAGCUGGGGUGUCUCUCCCAGGAAGAAGUUCCCAGAACCACGGGGGCCCUGAAAGAGAUAGGGACACCGAGUGCGGAGAGCGAGCACCCGAUCAAACUGAUGCAGCACGAGAGUCGUGUGCCUGCCAAGUGGCCAGGAGAACAAGGGGAGGAGGAGUGAGGCAGUGGCCCAGAAUGAGGAGGGGGGCCAGGGAGGUGUCUCUUGAUGAAAGCUGGAGAAGGUUGGCUGACAAGGGAUCCCAGGCCUCCAUGGGUCCCUCCCAAGCGUCAUGGUCUGGACUGGUUCAGAGCCAGUGUGCCUGCAAAGCCCCGGCUGGGGUCUCCAGCGCACACAUCCCUGUUGUUCCAUCGCCGGCUCAGUGGACAGCUCCUCCUGAUCGCAGCAUGGACAUCCCUUGCAGGAACAGGGAACACACAGCUUCUGGACUGGUACCUCAGAGCUACCUUGACUCUGAUGGUGCCUGUGGAACAUUUGCAAACUUCUCUGAAGAUCUCAGCUGACUUGCUAUUCGCUUUUAUGCCAGUUGAGUUGAACUGACAACCCAGUUGUCAUGUAGACAAAGGACCUAAAAGAGGCCUUCUCUAUUCAUGGGGGCCAUCUAAGCACUUAAAUUCUGUGUAGUGACAUUUCAUUUUAACACGCCAGUGUGAUUUGUUUAAACUACUCCUAGUUAAAUCUGAAAGGACUUUGCAAGCCUGAGCUGCAAGCCAGGUUAAAUCACGUUCUUCAGCAUUUUGUCAUUUUGUCAUGACCAAUAUGGAAAUGGCAACAGAGUUCAUCUUGAUACAUCUGACAUGCACUAAAGUAGGUGGGGGGUGUUGAUGGAAGCGAAAGGUCACCUCCUGCUUCGCCACCCCCCCCCCCCCCGCCCUCCUUCUCUUAAUUGUUGCAGCUAAUUGUCCCACAGAAGGCGAAGGUCGAGAAAGGGUGUGCACGUUGGACCUUUCAGCAGCGACUCUCUGCUUAGUCACUGGCAGGAUCGAUUCAGGACAUUCUAUGUGGGAUGCUCCCUGCCCCCCCGAGGGCAGAUCUUCUGAAGUGAAACUUCCAUAAAGUCUUGAUUGCUAGAGUGCGGUUUACCCCCCCCCCCCCCCCCCCCCCGCCAUAUUUCUCCCUCAAUGCCUCUGCCCUGAAUUGUCAUCUCUCUUUCUCUGCCAGCUGAAAGCAAAGCACUCUCUGAGGAUGGGAGCGCUUCGCGUGUGGCUAUAAGGUUUCGAUUGUUCUCAGCAGCCGGGGGUUUCAAUGGCGGGGAGCUUGCCAAAAAAAACGCAAUUGUUUGAGACAUAUGGAAAAACGAAUGCUGUAACUGCUCAUUAGGAAAGAUGUAGGGUUAGCGUGGAAUGCUUAUUGUUAGCGAGUAGACAGUGUUUAGCUUGCUGAUGUCUGUGAGAAGUCUGUGCUGCUGAAAUGAAGUCUGAUCUCAGGAUUAAUCAAUACUGUAUAACUACGAUAACGUUUCAUAUUUAAUUUGUCUGUUUCUCUUUCUAUUUAAGUCUGUGUGUAGAAAGACUGUCGUUUUGUUUAUUUAUGCCUGAUGUUCUCAGCAGAAGGAAAGCUUGUUCGUCUUCAACAUGCACUUCGUUAAAAGGCGGAAUCACCCGCAAUGGUUUGCAUCUCUGCAAAUGUAUGGUCAUUCAUUCAAACCCGCUGACUUCUUGUUACGACAAAAAACUUAUUUAUUGUACGUCUGUGUAGGACUUGUAUUUAAUCGGUUUUUGAUGGAUUGUAUUUAUGUACUGACUGAACUUUCUCUGUGAAAGCUAAAGGUUUAAUAAAUGAAUAUCUGACUCGCUGAGAA